AUGUCAGCAGCCCGAAAGAAGUUCACCACUGAAGAUGUGUUAGCGAGGUUUAUGAUCAGUACCGAGGCAAAAUUUGUGAACAUCAACAAUCAAUUUGCUGAAGUGAACACUACUUUAAGGAAUGUUCAGGCCUCCAUUCAAUCAUUGGAAAACCAGGUGGGGCAGCUUGUUAGGGCAAAUUCAGAGCGCUCACUUGGUAGCUUACCUCGUAACACUAAAAAUAAUCCGAGGGAGCAUUUGAAAGCCGUCACUCUCAGGAGUGGAAAACAGGUUGAAGCACGGGCCGAGGAGGGCUCAAGCACUAAACAUGAUUGUGUAGCCGUACAGGAAGACCCUAAUUCAUCUGAGAGUGAAGUUGAAGGAAGAAAGUUAAAGCAAAAUGAAGAAACCCUUCAACUACCAACACCAAGGGUACCCGAGUACAAGCCGCCCAUCCCCUAUCCUCCAAGGUUGAAGCAAGAUAUAGAGGAGGCUCAAUUCAAGAAAUUCCUUAAUGAGGUCUUGGCGAUUAACUCCUUGGAUGAAUUCUUGGAAGGAAUGGAUAGCGAUGAGUGCAAGGAGAACAACCCACCUCCCACACAACUAAAGCAUGUCGGAUCAAAAGGUGCGGGUGGAGGUGGUGAUGCUGAUGCUGGAGAGGCCUGA